AUGGAGACCCAGGCUGUCCAGAGGGAGCUCGAAACCGCGCCGGCUGCUAGGAUGGCUCAGACAAACCCUUUGCCUGGGCCUCUAGGGCCAUGGAAGGUAACCAUCUAUGACCAGGAGAACUUCCAGGGGAAGCGGAUGGAGUUCACGGGCCCCUGCCCCAAUGUCUCCGAGUGCAGCUUUGACAAUGUCAGAUCCCUGAAGGUGGAAUGUGGCGCAUGGAUCGGUUAUGAACACACAAGCUUCUGUGGGCAGCAGUUUGUCCUGGAGAGAGGAGAGUAUCCGCGUUGGGAAGCCUGGAGUGGGAGCAAUGCCUACCACGUGGAGCGUCUCAUGUCCUUUCGCCCAAUCUGCGCCGCGAACCAUAAGGAAUCCAAGAUCAUGAUCUUUGAGAAAGAAAACUUCAUUGGCCGCCAGUGGGAGAUCUGCGAUGACUACCCCUCCUUGCAGGCCAUGGGCUGGUGCAACAAUGAAGUUGGUUCCAUGAAGAUACAAUGUGGAGCAUGGGUCUGCUACCAAUAUCCUGGAUACCGUGGGUACCAGUAUAUCUUGGAGUGCGAUCACCAUGGAGGAGACUAUAAGCACUGGAGAGAAUGGGGCUCUCACGCCCAGACUUUCCAGAUUCAGUCAAUCCGACGCAUCCAGCAGUAG